UUCUUUUGUCACUCACUUCGAUGCCAAAUCUGCGUUCAUAUGACUAUAAUUACACUCUCCACACACACAAAAAGGACGCUCCAUUAUUUUCUCCGUAAUUAAUCCAUGGAGGUCGUCAAGGAACCUGAACCAAACACCACCAUGAGAAAAGCUUUACUAGUAAUAAACUGCAUCAUCCUUUCUAUAGGCAACUGUGGCGGUCCACUUCUGAUGCGCCUCUACUUCAUCCAUGGUGGGAAACGAGUCUGGUUCUCGAGCUGGCUUCAGACUGGUGGUUGGCCCAUCAUCCUUUUCCCUAUAGCUUGUGCUUACAUGUACCGUUCCAGGACCCAACCUAGUUCUGAAAACAAGCUUUUCUUCAUGAAACCUCCCUUGUUCAUUGCCGUCGCGGUAAUUGGAACCCUGACUGGCCUUGAUGACUACCUCUACGCCUUUGGCAUGGCCCGUCUUCCGGUUUCAACUUCUUCUUUAAUCAUUGCGUCGCAGUUGGCGUUCACAGCAGGGUUUGCUUUUCUUUUGGUGAAGCAAAAGUUCACUUCUUAUUCCAUAAACUCUGUUUUCUUGUUAACGAUUGGAGCAGGUGUUUUAGCUUUGCAUACGGGCAGUGACCGUCCUGCGAAUGAAUCAAACAGGGAAUAUGUUUCAGGAUUUCUAAUGACCUUGGCUGCAUCGGCUUUGUAUGGAUUUAUCUUGCCUUUGGUGGAGUUAACGUACAAGAAGGCAAAGCAAGAAAUCAGCUACGCCCUUGUGAUGGAAAUUCAGUUGGUGAUGUGUUUGUUUGCUACUAUUUUUUGCACCGUUGGAAUGCUGGUUAACAACGAUUUCAAGGUAAUUCCAAGGGAAGCAAGAGAAUUCGGGCUUGGGGAAACAAAAUAUUACGUUGUUUCGAUUUGGAGUGCAAUAAUAUGGCAGUGUUUCUUCUUGGGAGCAAUAGGAGUAAUCUUUUGUGCCUCAUCUUUGUUAUCCGGUAUUAUAAUUGCUGUUCUAUUACCCGUAACAGAGAUUCUGGCAGUGAUUUUCUACAAAGAAAGAUUUCAAGCAGAGAAGGGAGUGGCUCUUGCACUUUCACUGUGGGGCUUCGCUUCAUACUUCUACGGUGAAAUCAAGCAAACCAGGAAAAAGAAACGAGCCCUUGAAACGGAGAUGCCAUCAGCUCCCAAUCGUCUGGAGAGUGUUUAAAUAUCGGUGAUCCGAGCAAUUCCAAGUUCCAACUUCGUUUGGCUAAUAGUUGAUGGGAACAUUGCUCGCACAUAUACAAAAGAAGAAAUUUAUCCUAGUUAUUUUAGAAAUUACCUUUGCAUGUUCAUGUAUCGAUUUGAUUUCCUAUGACUUCAGGUUCACAAUAUACAUACAUAUAUAUCGAUCAGCAUCAUGCAUGCCUUGUGUUUUUUUAUGUAUGAAUAUACUAUUAUUGUUAUUAGCUUCUUGGAUGAUACUAAAAUUAAGAAAACUU